AUGCCCGAACUUGUCUUGUGUCCGCACUCAUCAGCAAUUUCUGGUCUUGCGUAUCAAGGUUCCUACGACAAUAAAGCUACAUUCACAACCACACCUUUAUAUUAUGGAGGAAUAAUGGACUUUAUGCGUUCGCUGAUGGGAUAUAGCAUGCUCUGGCUAUACCCGUCCACUAUCCCCAUCAUCCCUCGGAAUCUGCUCAGGGCGCUAUCCGUAUGUCAACAUCCCAGAGCACAUUAUUUCUCCUCGGUGCCUUAUGUUUUAGAGGUCUGCGCAGAGGAUGCAGCUGUUGUUGAUGUAUUAAAGGAUAUGGAUAUAGUGGGUGUCGAUGGGGCGCCUUUGGAAAAAGGGAUUGGGGAUUUUCUUGUUGAAAACGGCGUUAAAUUGGUUUCAAGAUUCGAAACUAGCGGGUGCGGGUUCCUUAUGUCAUCAUACCGUUCAUUUCAAACGGAUAUGGGAUGGGAAUAUCUUCGUGUUAGACGGGAUGCCGGGUAUGAGUUUAUUUCACCUAGAACUAGUAGCUUUGAUAGUGAUGGGAGAUUUGAACUCGAGGUUUUAUCGGAUUGGCCUCAGAUGAACUGCCGACCCAAUACACCACGGGGAGGAUACGCCACGGGGGACCUCUUCGUUCCCCAUCCCCGCAUACUUGAUGCGUACAAACAUGUUGGCCGCAUAGACUCCCUGAUUACUUUGUCUAAUGGAAAGAAACUGGAUCCCACUGUGAUUGAAAGAGCGCUAGGGGAGUCUGAGCUCGCUUUGGAUUCAUUCGUAUUUGGUGAUGGAAGACCCUUUCCGGGGAUUUUGGUUUUUCCUGGUCCAGCUAGGAAUGUGCCUCGGGAAGAUGUUUUCAAGUUGCUUAGCGAAGAGAACGUAGUAGCGAAGAUCGUGCCGGAUAUGAUUGUGUUUCCGCUACCACACUUGUACCCCCUGAGAAACUCUGCAUGGCAAAUAAUGCGCCAAACCACCCUCGAAAUUUUUGAGGAAGAUAUCCGGAGGGCGUACAGAGAAUACGAACUCGGAGGCCUAUUAGGGCAAAGGCUAAGGAGGGAUGAUGUUAAAAAAUUGGAAGAGUUUGUCCGAAGUGUGGUUGUGGAGGCAAUAGGUGAAAAGGCUCUCGCAAGGAAACCGUUGGAGUCAACCGCGGAUUUGUUUAGAUAUGGGAUUGAUUCAAUUACGGCGGCUCAUAUUAGAAAUCAGCUGCUUAAGGGUGUCGAGAUCAAUGUUCCUAUGAUGUCACAAUAUGUUGUCUAUGAGCAGGCAUCAAUUGCAGGGGCGGGUAGAAUCGCAGAAUAUAUUUUUGCCGGUGGAGAGGGAGUCAUGGGACCGGAAGAUAGGGAAGUAACCUUGAUGGUGCAGCUGGUACAAAAAUACGAUGCCGUCGAUACUUCUUGGGUUUUUGCGAAGAUAAUGGUUGAAAGUGAAGCCCGUAACGAAGUGGUAUUGCUCACUGGGGCAACAGGUAGCCUUGGUAGGCAGGUUGCUAGGCAGAUAGUUACCGAGAGGCCAGAGGUUACCAAGCUAUAUUGCCUUUGCCGCAAGGGCAGCAAGGCCAAGAUGGAAGCCCUUAUUAGUGAACUGCACCGCAUAUCCUCAUAUAGUAGAGGGUUAUCAAUUUCUUCGGUGGUUGCGAAUCUAGAUUUGGAUGGUAUCGAACCGUCCACCUACGAUUGCUUAAGGGAAGUUACAAUAAUAAUCCACGCUGCAUGGUCGGUUGGUCUCUUGGCUCCUCUCUCUAGCUUUGAAAGGCCUGAUAUCUCGAGCGUACAGCAGCUUUUGAGGCUUGCAAGGGAGUGCAAGCGCAAAGCACAUUUUGUAUUCUGUUCUUCUAUGGCUUCACAGGGAAGCAGGUGGUAUAUCCCCCAGCUUUGCUCUCAUUCCCUAGGUGUUGCUGGCGGGCUGGGGUAUUUCCGCUCAAAGUGGGUGGCCGAGGAAAUUUGCAAGAAUGCCGCUCUUGCCGGCCAGACCGUAUCCAUAAUCCGGAUCGGCCAGCUCUCCGGGAGCACCUCGAAUGGAGCUUGGAGCCAGGAUGCAGGGUGGCCAAUGGUGAUCGGAACUCUGGGUGAAAUAGGGUGUCUACCAGAUUUCGAGCUGAAAUUGAGUUGGUUGCCUGUUGACCUUGCCGCACGUGGUGUGCUAGAUAUCGCAGUCAGAGGGGAUAGAGUGGAUACUAUCCCUCACGAACCCGUGUUUAACCUGGGGAACACGAAUCUCAGCACUUCCUGGAGCGACGUGCUGGUCUGGCUAGAGAAGGCGGGAGCAAGGUUCAAGAGAGUCACCCCGACGCACUGGUUGGAAGAAAUAGAAAAAUUGGAACCGGGUGCACGGAGUAGAAAGAUAUAUCCCCUGUGGAAAGCACUGGUAUUUGCCUCUCCACAAAUAUAUGGAUACCCCCCCGUCCUGACAUUUGCUAGUUCGAACUGGAGCGGCUCAAUACACCUCCUCCCAUGGAUGAUUCCAGUGUAA